UGCAUGAAAACCUCACUCAUGCCCAGAAAUAUUAGCUGCCCGGGAUCAUGUUUAGCUUCAUGCAGAGCCCCUGGGGAUUUUAAGUACACAUUACAGGUGGUGCAUUUCUAAGUUUACUAACUUAAAUUAGUUUGCAUGGGUAGGAUCCCAGAAGAAGGAGCCUCGACAGACAGACGAGACUUGACCAUCUGCUCCGAGCCUGUAUAGACCCUGUGCCUCCGUGUCCAAGUUGGGAAAUGUCAAUAUUUUCUCCACCUCAUCUCCAAUCCAGAGAUUGAGCUAGACAUUUCACCGAAAGUGAUACCCUGAAAUACGGGCCUUUAGAGAUGGCAACUCACUGCUGCCAGCUUGUAAUAAAGAGCUGCCUAUUUUCUCAAUGCUCAUAUUUUAGAUACAAGUCAAAAGACUCCUGUGUGUUACCUAAGCGUCUUUUUCUGAGAAACUGACUGUGGGGCAAGCUUCCAAUUUUACAGUGGCAGUUUAAACGAAAUUAGGUCCGUUGUUGGUUUCUUUGAAGUGCCCUUUCUCGUCCACAGAGCAGAGGAUGCCUGGCACGUAAAAACACAUUCACUUCCUCGAGGAACCCCAGAAGUACAUUCAGUGAUCAUGUCCACUUAUGGUCUUUUUCCUGUUGCCAGGAUUAGAGGCUGUAAUCCCGAGACUGUCCUUCUCUCCAUUGUAAAUUACGGCUCUUGCAGUGUGCCCUCAGGGUUUGCACUGUCCAUGUGUCACAUGACAAUUAAUUCCUGCUAGACUAGAGUAAAAACCACCCAGAGAAACAAUAAUGGUUAACAGCAAUGUCAUUAUCUCACACCUAAGCCCAGUGUGUGUCAGUACAUUUAUUAAAGUACAGUUCUCAGCUGUUUUGCUCACUCAACCUCAAACCUCACUUUUCUUCCCACACAAAUCACCUUAACGUUACACAAUAUGAUGAGUAGUGUGUCAACCACACUGUUGAUGACUGAUUGAUUGAUUUUUUUUUUUUUUUGAUGACUUCAGCCAAAUUCUACAUUAUGAUGAAUGAUACAUAAAAUACGCUUAGCUCUUGUUAUUUUUAUUAGCCUUUUUCUUUGCACGCACGAACUAAUGAUCGUCUCCCUGGACGUUAACGUUCACUUCAGUGGCAUUUCCAGCAGUCCCACAGAAAUUCUGUGAACCCCCGGCCGAUUCCCGUAAAUCCUACAUCUAUUUCGGUUUCCUUAUGACUGUCAGAUGGGAAGUAAUUGCCACGGAAUUCCCCCUGUUUGGAAAGUCCUUAAAGUCUCUUCAACGUACAGCCAAGGAGCCAGUCGCGCUGCGGAGGAGCCAGGGACACGGAGGAGCGCGGAGUCGGACCCCGUGCUGGAGUCUGCAGUAAUUAAAGACAUCCGUCAGGUUAUGACAGUGUUACCAGGAAGACCUGCGGGGGACAUGGAACGUGACCGGGGUAACCAAAACAGCUAUCAAACAGCGAUGGUGUCUCGCAGCAAGACUCGUCUUGCUUCUUGCAAUGCCGGUGCCGGAGCAGCCUGCAGAGCAGGAGAAGGGGGCCAUGGUUCCCCCUGUGAUGCCAGCCUCCAACGGAGACAGAUCCGAGACAGAGACGACUUCCUCCAUCCUCGCCUCUGUCAAAGAGCAGGAGCUUCAGUUUGAACGUCUGACCAGGGAACUCGAGGCCGAGCGUCAGAUUGUUGCCACCCAGCUGGAGAGAUGCAAACUUGGAUCUGAGGCGGGCAGCAUGAGCAGCAUCAGUUCAACAGAUGAGCAGUUCCGCUGGAACUCUCAAGCAGAUGGACAGAAGGAUAUUGAGGAUGAGCUGACCACGGGUUUAGAGCUGGUGGAUUCCUGCAUCCGCUCCCUUCAGGAAUCAGGAAUACUCGACAGUGGAGAACGACCGGCUCUACUCUCCCAGAGUUCCUUGCAGCUCAACUCCACCCCCGAGGCUUCGCUCCAGUACUCUGCCAGCUACCAUAGCAACCAGACCCUCGCCCUUAGCGACAGCAUCUCUGCAGCAACUCCUCAGCGCAGCGGGCAGGUUGGAGGAGCGGUGCACAGCUACAACCAGGUGACAUCUAGUCGUGCAGCCCAGCAGCAACAGUCGCAAACUGGGGCAGGGUCAGGUAUCUACUACUCCAGCUCCACCUUGCCUGCACAGCGUGUCAGUUCCCCACUGACUGGAGGAGGAGGCUCAGGAUCCCCCAGUAAACUCCAACGCCUCGGAUCGUCCUCUGACUCGCCAGGAUACUCUACCACGCAGCGCCUGCCUUCCUCCUCCUCCUCCUCCUCUCCCAGCAAACAGUCUCCUGCUAAUCGCCUGGCCAAGUCAUACAGCACCACAGUUGCUGUGACAACAGCAGGAGGGGGCGGGUCUCCCCUGAGGGUGGCAUCCCCACCCAGCUCCACAGCAGCAGGGGGAGGGGCCAGUUCAUUGUCGUCCCCUCUUCACCAGAUGAGUUCAGGCAUAGGGAGCUAUGCCACUCUGUCUCCCAAACGGCUGGCGGCUCACCACGCUUCUGACCAGUACAAGAUCUCCCACGAGCUGUAUGCUACUGCUACACUGCAGAGGCCUGGAAGUCUGGCAGGCUCUCGUGGCUCUUACAGUAGUCAGCACAGUCAAGAGCCCCUUCGGCCUUUGGGGUCUCCAGAGCACCACAUAGAUCCCAUCUAUGAAGAACGUGUCUACCACAACAAGGGCCCCAUGAGGAGCCUAAGCCAAGGCCAAGGGCCGGAUUCUGGCCCCUACCGCAACAACACAGCACCCUCCUCCCCUGGUGUCGACUCCGCCCCUUUGCAGCGCACAGGAAGUCACGGCACAGGAAGUGGCAACUACAGCCGCGGCGGCACCAACAACUAUGCCACAGUGGGACCAGGCUACACCUCAAGUGGUGGCGGUGGAGACGUAUAUGGCUCUGAUCCUUAUGUGGCGGACCCCUACCGCACCCUGCAGUACUGCCCCUCUGUGGUGGAAUCUCCAUACAGCAAGUCAGGACCAGCCCUGCCACCUGAAGGGAGCCUGCAGCGUUCCCCCUCCAUCGACUCUAUUCAGAAAGACCCCAGAGAGUUCGGGUGGAGAGAUCCGGAGCUGCCAGAGGUGAUCCAGAUGUUACAGCACCAGUUCCCGUCGGUGCAGUCCAAUGCCGCAGCCUACCUACAGCAUCUCUGCUUCGGAGACAACAAGAUCAAAGCUGAGAUCCGCAGACAGGGAGGAAUCCAGCUGCUGGUCGACCUCCUGGAUCACAGGAUGAGCGAGGUUCACCGCAGCGCCUGUGGAGCUUUGAGGAACCUGGUCUAUGGCAAGGCCAACGACGAGAACAAAGUGACCCUGAAGAACUGCGGAGGGAUUCCUGCCCUGGUCCGACUCCUGAGGAAGACUGGGGAUGUAGAAAUAAGAGAGCUGGUCACAGGCGUGCUGUGGAACUUGUCUUCGUGUGAUGCGCUGAAGAUGCCAAUCAUCCAGGACGCCCUGGCUGUUCUGACCAAUAGUGUCAUCAUACCCCACUCCAACUGGGACUCCUCCCCCAAUCACCAUGACGACCGCAAGCUCCAUCUUCAUACCUCCCAGGUGCUGCGUAAUGCUACAGGCUGUCUCAGGAACGUGAGCUCGGCGGGUGAGGAGGCGAGACGGAGGAUGAGGGAGUGUGACGGCCUGACCGAUGCUCUGCUCUACGUUAUCCAGACCUCUCUGGGCAGCAGUGAGAUCGACAGCAAGACUGUAGAGAACUGUGUGUGCAUCCUGAGGAACCUGUCAUACAGACUGGCUGCAGAGACGUCCCACGGCCAACAGGGGGGGUUGGAGGAGCUGGAUGGCCUGCUCUGUGACGCCAACGGCCGCGAUGGGGAGAGCUCUGGCUGCUGGGGCAAGAAGAAGAAGAAAAAGAAGGGAGCUGACCAGUGGGACGGCGUCGGACCCUUUCCAGACACGGCGGAGCCCCCCAAAGGGGUUCAGAUGCUGUGGCAUCCCACCAUCGUCAAGCCCUACCUCACCCUGCUGUCUGAAUGCUCAAACCCCGACACUCUGGAAGGUGCAGCUGGGGCUCUGCAGAACCUAGCUGCAGGCAGCUGGAAGUGGUCAGUGUACAUUCGGGCCGCUGUCCGCAAAGAGAAGGGACUUCCAAUCCUGGUGGAGCUGCUGAGGAUAGACAACGACAAAGUGGUGUGCGCUGUCGCCACUGCUCUCAGAAAUAUGGCCCUCGACAUCAGGAACAAGGAGCUCAUCGGUAAAUACGCCAUGAGGGAUCUGAUCCACCGGUUACCAGGAAGUAGCAGCAGCAGCAGCAACAACAAUGCCACCAGCAGUGGGACCCCCGGGACCACAGGCCCUCCUAGCAAGGCCAUGUCAGACGAUACUGUAACUGCCAUUUGCUGCGCGCUGCACGAAGUCAUCACCAAGAACAUGGAGAACGCAAAAGCUCUGCGCGAUGCUGGCGGCAUCGAGAAGCUCAUCGGCAUCGCCCGCAGCAAAGGAGACAAACACUCGGCUAAGGUGGUAAAGGCAGCCUCCCAAGUCCUGAGCAGUAUGUGGCAGUACAGAGACCUGCGCUCCCUCUACAAGAAGGAUGGUUACUCCCAGUAUCACUUUGUCGGCUCUGCCUCAACAAUAGAACGAGACCGACAGAGGCCCUACUCCUCUUCACGAACCCCCUCCGUCUCCCCUGUCAGGACAUCCCCAAAUAACCGCUCGGCGAGUGCUCCAGCCUCCCCCAGAGAGAUGAUGAGUCUGAAGGAACGCAAGAUGGACUACGAUUCCACGGCAACCAACGCUGGUUUCCAUAGCAACAAAGGAGAGCACACAUCCCGGAAAGACGGCAUGGCAGUUCAAGUGUCCUGUGGAACGUCUACGUUGUUCCGAAACUCUUACCUGACCGCCAGCGAUGAUAUCAAACAAAAUCAGGCUCCAGCCCAGCCCUGCGUCGUGCCCCCACAGCCCCUGCAGGACAGCCCAUCAGCGGCCGUGCUAAAAGACUACGACCCCUACCCUCCCCCUCCCUCUUUCCCCCAGCCCCAGCCGCCGCAGCCUCCACCUCACAGCCAGAGCCGGAGCUUUGACGAGGCCUACUACGAGGACCAAGGGCUGCCGCCGCCUCCGCCGUCCCAGCCGCAGCCACCGAUCCAGGCACAGGCCCAGCCUCAGGCCCAGCCCCAGCAGCCUCCGAGCACCACCGGGCCGCCCCGGGAUCCGCGGGAAGAUCUGCGCAUGCACCUGGGCCUAAAGUCCACCGGCAACUACGUAGACUUCUACUCGGCUUCUCGGCCGUACAGCGAACUGAACUACGAGACCAGCCACUACCCGGCCUCACCUGACUCCUGGGUCUAGUUAGACUAAUACAUUUAGUGGGGGGGGCAAGAGACAGUCUGUGUGUGCUUGUGUGAAAGGGAUUAUUUUUGCAAGAGGACAACAGCAGAAUAACACAAGGUGACUAUAAGUGGCGUUUUGAAAAAGAAAAAAAAAAGGUAUCUUGCAGCCAGUGGCAGGAAAUUUGUGUUCUCAAAUAGACAGAGCUAGAUGGGGUUUAGAAGCGAAGUCAGGUCGAGUGACAAAGAGAGACUGUGCAUGUGCAUGCAAACAUUUUCCUUUUUUUUUUUCUCCAGACCACUUUCUUUCUUUCUUUAAAGUCGGGUCCAUUUCACCAGGGAGUGGAGCAAGUGAGAGCAGACUUGAAGGAGUGCGUUUGACAAGGGGAGAGCAAGGAGUGGGAAAGGGAGAAAAUGACCAGAUGGAGAGAGUAUGCAGAUACAGAAGACAAGGGAGUGCUCUUACUCCGUAGGAGCAGGAAAUGAUCGGACCUUCUGUCAAAGACGGAAAGAGGUAGAGAGGAACAGCAGAAGUGACAUGAGGGUUCUUGAAGAGGUCACGGAGAAUAAAAGCACAGAGAAAGAUGAAAGCACAUAGAGUAGUAGAAAAGAAGUGGAAGUUUACCAUUUCACCUAAGUGACAAACGUAGCACUGCUUUUAUCCCCUUUUUAUUUUUGUUGCGUUGGCCUUGCUGCCUCCAGAGGCGUGUGAAUUUGUUUUUAAAGAAUGUCAACUUCAGGAGACUUUUUUGUCACCAUUCUUUUACAUCUUUAUUUUUAAUUUGUACUUUUCUAAAAAUUUUCACUUUCAAAAGAGAAAUAAUUUUUAUUUUACGUGUACAGUUUAAAGGUGAUACAGUGUGUAUAUUACACGUUUUUCGAUGGGCCACUUAAGCAAACAUGAUUUCUUUUCCCGUGACUGACAGCUGACUGAAACGACAAAAGCAACAAGAACAAGUGAAACGUGGACAAAACAAUCAGAAACGACAGACACUGUCGGGCUGGAUGUCAGAAGGCGCUUUUGUUUUUGCCCCCGUUUCCAGCCAGAGAGGAGGCCCCUGCAAUAUUUGUGUUUUUCUCUCUCCAUCAAGUGAAUUUCAUCGUGGACACGAUCAAAACGUCAAGAGCGGUUCCAGACAGAGCAGCCUCGCUCCAGAGUCCCCGUCAACAAAAGUGCUUUUUCACUGCCUAAACAAUGUAUGUGUAUGUUUAAAGCACAGUCUCUUUCUUCAGAGAGGGUUGUCUCUGCACUUGGGGGAUCUGAUGUGUUUGACAGCUUCAGUGGUUUCUCAUCAUCACUUGUGCAUAACAAAAAAAAAAAAAGAAAAAAGAAAAAAAAAAUAACUGGUCCGUUCAAUGAAAGCCACCUCAAAUAUUGUACAUCUCAGCGUGUGGUAGAGAAAAGAGAGAAACAUGGCGUCGUGCCAAACUUUGACACAUCUUGGACCAGUCCGAGAGGACUUUAAAAAAAUUUUUGUCGAAGUUUACAAGACAAUGACAGGAUGAGUCCCUCUGCUGUUUGUAUCUUUUGUUUUCUUGUGUUUUGAUCAGGUGAAGCCGUAAUUAUUGCUGGAGAUCAUGGGUAAUGUCUCCCUCCCAUAGAUGUACAGACCUGCCUCUCUGUGCUGGCUGAGCAUGUGUGGGUUGCGUGUAUGUGGACACACGUGUGAGUGUGGUUGUGCGCACGUAUGUGACAGAGCGUGUGCGCGUGUACACGUAAACUUGAGCGAGCGUAUCUAUGCAUGCAUGUGUGUAGUAGCGUGUGUGUGUGUGUGUGUGUGUGUGUGCCUUUGUUGCGUGUGCGUGCGUGAGCGUUCCUGUACAAAUCAUAAAUGUCCAAAUAAGGCAUUCCUACUGACAGUUUGUCCAGUUUUACAACAUGAGAAACAACAGGUAAAAAUCACUAGAAUGAAUUGUUCAUAUAGAAUGACAAAUCUAUAAAUAUAUGAAUAUAAAUAUAAAUAUAUAUAUAUAUAUAAUUUUUAUGUGCUGAUGUCAGUGUCACUAAAUGCAACAAAUGUUCGCAGAGAAAAAAAUUAUUAUGUGGUGUACAACAGGACUCUUGUUCACUUGACCUAAACUUGGAAACUGCUGAUCAGGAUCCCCCCCACCCCAAUCGAAACAAAAGAGAAAUCCCACCUAAAGAUGCUCAGGCUCUGGUGCGAGUUGUGUGUUAUUGUGUGUCCAUGCUUCUUAGAUGAUGACCCUGCCGAGAGAGGAACGUACUUGAACACAAGGAAAAAUAAAAAGACUCUUUGCAAUCAAA